AUGGCGGGUAAAGCUAGACAAGGAGCAGAUCGAGCUGACGAAGGGGUGGGUGGAUAUGGCCUGCAUCUCGAAAGAGCCGAGCGAAAACAACACCGGGUUGAAGCAACACUGUCUAGCAGAAAAACCGGGGGCGAUGUAAACCGCCUUGCCCUUGGGGACGUUGCCCGCUUCUCAGCAAGAAAUGGAUUCGACGACCGCCGUGGUAUUCCAAGGAAGGAAAUGUUAGAGAUGCGAUGUGAUAAACUGGGUCACAGUCCCCAGAUUAGAGAACAAAAAGCCUAUCGCAGACAGAAUGAGAACGGCCCACGCACCAUGCUCGGACAGCGGCAGAAGCACCGCUCGCCCCGGUAUCACGUUCUUGACGAGCUAGACCAAGAAAGCUUCUAUGUUCGAAACUGGGCUGAAAUCCCGGAUUUUUUGCAGUGCGUAGAGGACACGAAGAGGAAAGAGUGA